AUGGGAUCGAUCCCGAGCUGGAAAGAAACCGGCCGUCAACGUCGGCGACAACAACUAGAAUCAAUCCCUCCUCAAUGGCGGCUCAAGAAUAUCCCGGAGGAUUUCGCUGACAGCCGCUACGUGAUCGAGCGGUCCGGACUGCUGAGCGCGACGGAGCUGGAUAUCACGAACACGGUGGGCGCGCGAAAGAUCCUCCGCCGCUAUGAGGAGGGUCACUGGACCGUCGAGGAGGUGGUGACGGCGUUUUGCAAGCGCGCGGCCAUUGCCACCCAGCUCAUCGGCUGUUGUACCGAGCUCAUGUUCGAAGAGGCCAUCGCGCAGGCCCGAGACCUCGAUCGCUGGUACGCCGACACGGGUGCCUUCGUGGGACCACUGCACGGCCUUCCCAUCAGCUUAAAGGACACCCAUCAAGUCCGCGGUGUCGACACUACGGUGGGCUGGGUCGGACUGGUGGGAAAACCCGCCGGGCAAGACGAGUUGACCGUCCAGCAGUAUCGGUCGCUCGGGGCCAUUGUGUACGUCAAGACCAACGUGCCGCAGUCGCUCAUGAUGAGUGAUAGUUACAAUCACGUCUGGGGCCAGAGCGUGAACGCCCUGAGCAGGCAGCUGAUCUCCGGCGGUAGUUCAGGGGGUGAAGGCGCCCUCGUCGGCGCCCGGGGCUCCGUGCUCGGCAUUGGAACAGAUAUCGGCGGUAGCAUUCGCAUCCCCGCGGCCCUUCAGGGCCUGUUCGGCCUGUGUCCGUCGGUCGGGCGUGUCCCCUACCGUGAAUCGGCACGGGAUCAGAAGUACAUCGUACGUCCCGUCGCCGGGCCCAUGAGCAAUUCCCUCUCCAGCAUCGAAUUGUUCAUGGAAGCCUACGCCAGCCUCGAGCCCUGGACGACAGAUCCGACCAUCCUUCCUAUCCCGUGGCGCGAGGAGCUCGCCGAGCCCAGCAAAGAGCCUCUACGUAUCGCGUACAUCGUCGACGACGGUGUCGUGCUCCCGCACCCUCCCAUCCAGCGGGCGAUGCGCGAGCUAGUCGCCAAACUCUCACAAUGUGGCCACGAAAUCGUGGAGUGGGACGCCUCCUCGCACCGCUCCGCGUACUACGACCUGUGGGUGAAGGCUGUGCUGGCUGACGGCGGCAAGCGGUGCGCGGACCUGUGCAAACUCGUCGACGAGCCCCUGAUCCAAGGCAUGCUGGUCGGCACGCCCGAGACGCUCCUCGACGCCCAGCAGCGCAUGGACCUGGCCGAUGCCAUCUGGGAGUUCAAGCGCGAGUACCUCGCAAGGUGGAAGGAGAGCGGCAUCGACGCACUCGUCAUGCCGGUCACUCCGUGGGUCGGCAUGCGACCCAAGACCUGGGUCAAAUCCCAGCAGUACUGCGGAUACACGGCGCUGUGGAACGUGCUGGAUUACAGCGCCCUCACGAUGCCCGUGGCCAGUGUGCGUCAGGACCUGGACGAUCCGGCGACCGACGAAGGCUGGAUGAAAUAUGGACGUGAAGAGACGAGGGGGUUCACGGAUGAGUUUAAUCAUCGGAUGUACCAGGAGUUGUGGGAUGCCGGCCUGGUUCAGGGAUUGCCGGUCAACAUCCAGAUUGUCACGGGGCGGUUUGGUGAGGAGGCGGCGGUACGGGUGGCCAAGGUAUUCGAGAAGUUGCCUUGA